UUUGUUUUUUUCUACAGUGGGUAUUCUUUGUUGCGAGAUCCACACCACAACAAAGGACUUGCCUUCACUGAUAAAGAGAGAGCCGCGCACUACUUGCGUGGCCUUCUUCCCCCAACAGUCGUUUCUCAGGAACUUCAGGUGAAGAAACUGAUGCAUAUUAUUCGCCAAUAUCAAGUUCCAUUACAGAAGUACAUGGCUAUGAUGGAUCUUCAGGAGAGCAAUGAAAAAUUGUUCUACAAGCUUCUCAUUGACAAUGUUGAGGAAAUGCUCCCUAUCGUCUACACUCCAACUGUCGGUGAAGCUUGCCAAAAAUAUGGAAGCAUCUUUGGCCGUCCUCAGGGUCUAUAUAUUAGUUUGAAAGAAAAGGGUUGCAUUCAUGAGGUUUUGAGGAACUGGCCUGAGAAAAAUAUUGAAGUCAUUGUUGUCACUGAUGGAGAGCGGAUUUUGGGCCUAGGGGACCUAGGCUGUCAGGGCAUGGGGAUUCCAGUAGGGAAACUAGCUUUGUAUACAGCACUUGGUGGAGUUCGUCCUUCGGCUUGUUUGCCUGUAACAAUUGAUGUGGGGACCAACAAUGAGAAUUUGUUAAACGAUGAGUACUACAUAGGGCUCAGGCAAAGAAGGGCAACUGGACAGGAAUAUGCUGAACUGCUACAUGAAUUCAUGUCUGCUGUCAAGCAGACUUAUGGCGAGAAAGUCCUCAUUCAGUUUGAAGACUUUGCAAACCACAAUGCUUUUGAUCUGCUUGCAAAAUAUAGCACAACUCAUCUUGUUUUCAAUGAUGAUAUUCAGGGCACAGCAUCAGUGGUCCUUGCAGGGCUUGUUGCAGCCCUAAAGGUAGUUGGUGGAACUUUAGCUGACCACACAUUCUUAUUUCUUGGUGCUGGAGAGGCUGGCACUGGAAUUGCAGAACUCAUAGCCCUUGAGAUUUCCAAACAGACAAAUAUGCCAGUGGAAGAGACUCGCAAGAAGGUUUGGCUUGUGGACUCAAAGGGGUUGAUUGUUAGUUCCCGCAGGGAAUCACUCCAACAUUUCAAGAAGCCCUGGGCUCAUGAACAUGAACCUGUUAAGACACUUCUAGAUGCUGUUAAUGACAUCAAGCCAACAGUGUUGAUUGGAACAUCAGGAGUUGGAAAAACAUUUACUAAAGAAGUGAUUGAAGCCAUGGCCUCCUUCAAUGAGAAACCUAUAAUUCUCUCUCUUUCCAACCCAACUUCACAAUCUGAAUGUACUGCUGAAGAGGCCUAUACAUGGAGUCAGGGGCGUGCCAUUUUUGCUAGUGGAAGUCCAUUUGCUCCUUUUGAAUAUGAGGGCAAAACUUUCAUGCCUGGCCAGGCAAACAAUGCAUACAUUUUCCCUGGAUUAGGUCUGGGUCUAAUAAUGUCUGGUGCAAUCCGUGUCCAUGAUGACAUGUUGCUGGCUGCCUCGGAAGCUUUGGCUGCUCAGGUGACUCAGGAGAACUUUGAUCAGGGACUUAUCUACCCUCCAUUCAAAAAUAUCAGAAAGAUUUCAGCAGAGAUUGCUGCGAAAGUAGCUGCUAAAGCUUACGAGCUUGGUUUGGCUACGCGCGUUCCUCCGCCAAGGGAUCUGGUGAAGCAUGCUGAGAGCUGUAUGUACAGCCCUGCUUAUCGAAGCUACCGGUGAAGUGAUGUGAGCUUCAAAUCAGUCCUAGGCUCAGGAAAAGAAAAGUCCAUUUUCAAUACAAUAAUCAGCUGGGCUUCCAUUUGUUGUUUGUUCUUUUGUUAAUUUUUUUGGGGACUUCUUGCUCUUCCCAGUGUUGUAACUGUGUUAGGCAUUUGGUAGGUAAGAAGCAACAGUAGGUGCUGGUAGUUGGAUGAAUGCAGUCAGAUACAGCAUGAAAAAGUUGUUGAAGACUUGAAAAAAAAAAUUACUUGAAAAUGAAAAACUCAUAUUUAAAGUGUUCA